AUGGUUGAACCAGUAGUAUUUUUCGAUGUCAAUAUAGGUAAAUCCACACUAGGGAGGAUAAAGAUUAGACUUUUUCAAUCCCAACUUCCCAAAACUUGUGAAAACUUCCGCCAAUUUUGCACUGGGGAGUAUCGUGAAAACAAUCGUCCUCUAGGGUACAAGAACUGCAUCUUCCAUAGGGUGAUAAGGGAUAAGAUUGUUCAAUCUGGAGAUUUCAUUUCUAAUAACGGUCUUGGGUCUAAAACUAUAUAUGGGUCGCUAGUAUUUCCUGAUGAAGGAUUCCCCCUUAAACAUGAGCCAUUUAUGGUGUCCAUGGCCAACAGUGGGCCUAACACUAAUGGCUGCCAGUUCUUUAUUUGCUUAGAUAUGAUGCCAGAGUUGGAUGGAAAGCAUGUCGUGUUUGGGGAAGUGAUCGAAGGUCAGGAGCUAGUGAAAAUUAUAUCUCGUGUAACUGUUAAUGAAAAUAAUCGACCUGAUCCACUAGCAGUUACUAUCAUUGAAAGUGGUGAAAUGUAA